GUUGAGUAUAUAAACUAAAAAAAAUGGUGAAGAGUUGUCAUAUUUAUCUGAAGCAUAAAUUUCCAUUAAUAAGUUGCAACGAUUAAGAACUAUAGAAUGACUUUAGCUUUUGUUAUUAUACUUCUGUUGCUGCAGGUUGUGUCAAGUAAAAUGUGUGGGUCAAACUCUGAUUGCUCCUCUUCAGAAUGCUGCGUACAAAGAGACGGUGCUACGCGAUGUGCGCGUUUAGCAAAAAAAGGUGAAGUCUGCAGUGGUAUGUUAGAGAUCUUCCCGAUACAAGUAAUGGAAUGUCCUUGUGAGAGUCAUCUUUCUUGCAAGAGAAAAAUGGAUUGUUGAUGUGUGAAUAAGUAUGAAGAAGAAAUCUUGAAGAAGAAAUAGUUUUUUCUGUUCUUUAAGUUACUGAUCGUAUCAAGAUAUAUUUUCAACCAGAAAUAAAUUUAUGUCUGAAAAUUGUAAUAAACAACUCUUUAAAUAAAACAGAUUUUUAUGA